AUGGGUUCCUUCGAAAAGAGAGUUGUCAACGAGCUCAAUACUACGUCUGGCCUGCCCAUACCUGGGCCUUUCCUCGCCACACUCGGAUUUAGUCAGAGUGAGCUAUCGACCGUCCUACUGGCAGGCCCACUGGCAGGCCUUAUUGUCCCUCCCAUCGUAGGGGCCCUCAGCAACGGCAAUCGCUACUCCUUCAUUCUCUAUGGAUCUCUAGGUGUGCUGCUAUCACUGCCCUGCCUGGCAUGGGCAGAUGGAAUAGGUGUCACUCUGGGAAACCUGUUUCCUCGCAAAUCAGAUGCCCCAAUUCUUGUCAGCAAAGGGAUGGCUGUGGUCGCUGCCUAUGUACUGAAUGUGUCGAUGCAGCCUCUCCAUAUCAACCUACGCGCGUCGUUGAUGGAAUACUGUCCGCCUCACCAGCAAACGGUUGCUAGUCUCUGGAUCACACGCUUCUCAGCAUUCGGUUCCGUAUUUGGUACGAGCAUCGCCUACUUCGCGUCGCCAUCCUUCAAGCUUCUCGCAGCAAGUUCGUGCUGCGUUCUUGGGGCCGCACUGAUUCUCCAUGGCAUCGAGACAAGACGCCAGAGGACAGUAUUAACGCCGUUGCAACGACGGGAAGUGACAAAAGAGUCCCUCGCUUCAGCCGUUUCUAAGUUCGGACGUCUUUUCAAGUUGGCUGUCAGACUUCCCAACGUGACCCGACGAGUGUGUCGCACCCAGAUGUUCGCCUGGUUUGCGAGGUAUCACAAUCCUGUAAGUACCUCGUCAAAUCGAAGAAGAAAAAUGCCCUUCCUGGGAGCUGACAGCAGUUUUAUAGACCUGAUAAACAUUAGUGGCCACGGGGGGCACUACAACGCAGAAGCGGAAUCUAAAAGGGCGGGUGCUGGCGUAGCUCUCGUGUUUCAUGCAGCGGCUCUCUCAAUGACACUUAUCUUACACAGUAUCUGCGACACGCCAACGCAAGCCUCGACAAGUCUAGACCGCCGUACUAGUAAAACGGUCGUUGAAGGGGGUUCCGAAAGCGAAAGAUUGAACUGCGAAGAGAUUGAGACUCAGUUGUUCCGUCUCUGGUCUUUGUCUCUUUGCAUUGGCGCGGCGGCCAUGUUUGGCGUUUGGUUCGUCGGCGACGUUGGCAAUAUCGCUGCGCUGAUCCUCGGCCUCAUGGGUGUCGUGUUUUCAGUGGCCAACUGGGUUCCCUAUGCUCUCAUAGCGAUCGACGUCUCGGUCAUGCACGAGAGAAAGAGCUCCGUUGAGUAUGCGGAUGAUUCCCGACGAAACGAGCCACAACUCGACCACAUAACUGCUGUAUUGGCGGUCCAUAACGGCGCAAUUUGUAUACCACAGAUUCUGUCAUCGGGUACAACAUCACUUGCGUUCUGGAUCAUGAAGUACUUUCAUCUAAAGGCGGCGGUCUCAUGGAUGUUCUUGAUUAUCGUGCCUUCUUUGUUGCUGGCUGCUUGGGACCGGGAGACUCUGGGUCUGAGAAAGAGGUAA